AUGCGUGCAGGGCAAGCCAAGUGGAACUGUCCGGCCAGGCCAGCGAAGAGACUGGGCGUCCCGAGGGCUGCAGAUGGAGCUGGGAGUGGGAGGCGCCUCCUGUGGGUGGUUGUUAACCACUCACAGCCUGUGAGUUGGUCCAGAAGGGGGGAAGAGGAAGAAGAAAGUGAGCGGGUCGCUGGGGACGAAAAGGAAUCAGAAGGGCGAUGCGGGGAAGCAGAGGACAGGAGGGGAAGGAAGGACCACGCAGACGCUGAGCGGCCGCUAGGAAGUCAGCCCUGCGCGGGACUGGGCGGGUCCGGGGCGCGCGGGGCUGCAGGCGGAGCCCGGGUGCGCCCCGGCGCCUGGCAGAUGCGGGAGAGUCCGCCCAGGCCUUCCCGCAGCUCCUCCGGCUGCCUCGGUCGCCGCCGGGGACCGCAGAGCACUCGCGCGGCCGGGCCACCCGGGCCAUCCCCGGCUCCCCGCGCGUCCAGGCCGCGCCUCCCCACCGCCCGCGGGGCCAAGCGACGUCACUGCGGCUCUGACGCGCGCUAA